AUGCCUUCAUCGCCCCGGCGUUCGGACGAGUCGAUCUCGGCGCGAGAGGGGUUGUAUCAAACGACGGACAAGAGGAAUCAGCCCGGCUCUUCCGUCCACAGCUUCACGUCGGCCACGGCGUUGUUGAGCGGCAAUGGUGAGAAUGUGAGGCUCAGAAAGUAAGUGAAAUUUUUGAAUUUUUAACGAUUUUAUAUUAGAAAAAUUGACGAUCAAACUUUGCUAGAAACGGGCAGUAUUUUUUCAAGAAAAAAAUUAAUUUUUUCCACACAAAGUUUACAAAAACAAUGUCGAAACUUUGGCCUUCUCACCUCCAUGCAUUGAUGCAGGUAAAAGUCGAAAAGUUUACGUUUUAAUGAGGCUUUUUGGAACACAAAUUAAACAAGGUUGUUUGUGUUAUGAUAACCAGAAGGGUCGUUAAGCCGUCAACUGGACACGUCAGUCACGUUGUCAAGUUGGUGUUACUUUCGUCAUGUCAAAUUGACUGUGUCAUUUGGAUUGUCAAGUUGAACUUUUUGUAGAAAAAAUGAAUUGUGUUGCGCAAAAUCAAAAUUGCUUUUCAUUUCAACGAUGCGAUUAGCGCAGCAACAGAUCCCAUUAUUUUCCCGACAGACUGAUAUUAUGAUUUUUCAAGAGUGCGUAGAUUUUUUGUCAUGAGCCAUACGUGCACAAAACCCUUUUGGAUGGAGGCAUUUUGCCACCUUUUUUGAUACUUCCGAUGCAAAAUGGUAGAUUUUUUUGCCAAUGGAUCAGGUCCGGCACUGUCGCUCACGCUUGAAAUUUUCAUAGACCAGAAUUUUUAAACCUUUGACCACACAAAAGUUCUGCCAAUUUGACACAAUUUUUAACAUCAAGUUGACGUAAAAUCAAAAAAAUAUCCAUCAAAUUUACAACCUAAUAUGUUACAAUUAGUCCUGUGGGAAUAAUGCGGCCAUAUGGUUUUCGCUUAUUACGCGAUUUUUGAUAUGAUGUUUCAUCGCAUUUACCUAUGGAACAUUUUAAUGAUAUCUUCAGCCGAGAACGACAUUUUUCGCUCGAGAAAGAUAUAGCAUUUCAGAUUAUUGGGAACGCUCCAAGUUCGACAUUGUUUAUUUUUACUUUGUUUCUUGGAAAAAAAACUGAAAAUUUUUUGGCGAAGAAGGUGGAUAUACGUACGUAGUGUUACAUUCUGUUUCUAAGAAUGACUUUAGGAAGUUCUAAAAAGUUGUGUGGUUUUUGUUUUUGAUGAUAAUUGUAAUUCAAUGCUUCAAGUUCAGACUCAAAGAGCGAAAUAAGAGCAGUCAAAAAGGAAACGCAUUGUGGCCACAUUUUUGCCAGUUUUGAGCCGAAAAAGUUUCAAAAAAGUUUGUACCAGUCUGUCGGGAAAAUAAUGAGCACAAUGUCGUAUCGAAAAUCGCAUCGCCGCUGAGAAAAUGAAUUGUGUCGCGGCAAAAUCAAAUUACUUUUCACUUCAGCGACGCGAUCUGCCCAGCGAAUUUGUGCUCAUUAUUUUCCCGACAGACUGAUAAAAUUUGCGCUAAGUUUGCAAAAAAAAAAUAUUUUUUCAUAUAUACGAUUGAAUUUGCCUCAAAAAGUACUUUUUUGUCUUCUCAGAGGCACCUACAUUGGCCUACCCGAUGAAGCUUUGACCCCAAGUUCGUAUCAAUCGAACCGCAACCCCAGCGUGGACCAGAUGAGUAUCCGAACGCUGGACCGAAAAAUGAGCCAGCGAAUACACCUGGACGCCAACAGCAGUGUGAUGGCGGCCCGGAAAGCGGUAGGUUCUGCACUUUUCCUUCAUUUUCGGUGA